UAAAUAUUUUUUUCGAGAAAAUUUUUUGAUCGAAUCAUAUACAAAAAAGAAUAAAAAUUGAAUGUAUGCAAGAUUUAUUUAAUUUAUAAAUUUUCUUUGACAUGUUACUGCUUUUUGUUAUAUUAGAAUGGCGUUACGUUUAAUUUUUAUUUUAGCAAUAUAAUGGUGUACUGCAAUCUCGUGAGUAUAUGAAAAAAUCCCGAGAAAAUGGCUUUGAUUCGAAAGAACUUAAGCUCUAUUGGAAUGUGGAACAAAUUGAAAACCUUUGUCCUGAAUCAAGCGAAAAAAUUCUGUUUGAUCCAUCAGAUGAUGAUGCUGUUGAAAAUCUUCGUCAAUAUCCUGUUAGUGAACGAAAUCAUAGUGGUAAAAUAAUUUAUGUAACAAAUGGCAUCGAAAAAGCAGUCUUUGAUGUACCGGAAACUGUUCAAAUUAUUCUUCUGAAUUUUGCAAAUGAACAAUCUCCAGGUGGUGGAUAUUUAAGACAUGCACGGGCACAAGAAGAAGUUCUUCUUUAUAAUUCUGAUGGUUAUCGUGCAUUACUUGAUCUAAAAUAUGGACGAAUGAAUGGUGGUUAUGCAAUACCUGAAUUUGGAUUAGCUUAUGUUCGUAAUAUUCGAAUUUUUAAAUCGUUAUCAUCGGAUGAAUAUCGAAAAGCUGAUAUGCUAGUAUCUGCUUGUUAUUGUAUGUGUGGACAUGAACUUUAUAAUAAUCCAAGAACUAAAAAUGACUGGGAAAAAAAGAAUUUAGCAAAAUUUUGUGCGUUUAUAGCAGCGGCUGUUGCCAAUACAAUUGGUGAUGGAAAAAACACGUAUCUUCUACUUGGACCUAUUGGUACUGGUGCAUUUGGAAAUGAUGUUAAUUCUAUAGGUGAAGUUUUUUAUAAAGCACUUAACUUACCAAUGAUGGGUUCGAAAGGAUCAAUAAAACAUGCUUUUGAACAGAUUUGGUUUGUUUCGACUGAUCGAUGGAAAAAUGACGAAUUCAAGAAGAUCUUUGCUAGAGAUAAAUCCAACAACUAG